UUUCCUUCUCCAUUUUUACUUACGAGCAGCAGAUCCUUCAACUGUCUGCGUCUCUGACUCUGUGACCUCCAGGAAGAAGAAGAAUCUGAAGCUCUUCGGGUUUCUAAGCCCAAAGGCAGAGAGGGUCCAGAAGAUGGGAAGAUUCUUGAACCCCUUAAUGGGGUUUCUGUUGUUGUGCUCCUGGGUAGCCAUAGCAGAAGCAGAGUACCUCAAAUAUAAAGACCCUCAACAGCCACUGAAUGUUCGGGUCAAGGACCUUUUGAGCAGGAUGACUUUAGAGGAAAAGAUCGGACAGAUGACGCAGAUUGAGCGAAGCGUUUCUUCUGCCAAAGUGAUGAAGAACUACUUCAUUGGGAGUGUACUGAGUGGUGGAGGGAGUGUGCCCGCUUCUCGGGCUUCCCCCGAGUCCUGGGUUGCAAUGGUGAAUGAUCUCCAGAAGGGAGCUCUGUCUACCAGACUUGGGAUUCCUAUGAUUUAUGGGAUCGACGCUGUUCAUGGACACAACAAUGUCUACAACGCAACAAUAUUCCCCCACAAUGUCGGUCUCGGAGUUACCAGGGAUCCCGAACUUGUCAAGAAGAUUGGAGCUGCAACUGCUCUUGAAGUUAGAGCAACAGGCAUUCCUUAUGUUUUUGCUCCAUGUAUUGCGGUUUGUAGAGAUCCAAGAUGGGGUCGAUGUUAUGAAAGCUACAGUGAAGAUCACAGCAUUGUUCAAUUAAUGACAGAUAUAAUACCUGGAUUACAAGGAGAAAUCCCAGCUAAUUCUCAGAAGGGUGUCCCUUUUGUUGCUGGAAAAACCAAGGUUGCUGCUUGUGCAAAGCACUAUGUGGGCGAUGGAGGCACAACGAAGGGCAUCAAUGAGAACAACACAGUGAUUGGCAGAAAUGGAUUACUCAGCAUCCAUAUGCCAGCCUACCUUGACUCAAUCAGUAAGGGUGUUGCAACAAUCAUGGUCUCCUAUUCGAGCUGGAAUGGGAAGAAGAUGCAUGCUAAUUGGGAUCUCGUGACUGACUACCUCAAGAAUCACCUUCAAUUCGGUGGUUUUGUCAUCUCAGAUUGGAUGGGUAUUGAUAGGAUUACCUCUCCACCUCAUGCUAAUUACUCAUAUUCUGUCCAAGCUGCAAUCAGCGCGGGUAUUGACAUGGUCAUGGUCCCUUACAACUAUACAGAAUUUGUCGAUGAUCUUACCUUCCAGGUGCAGAACAAAAUUAUUCCUAUGAGCAGGAUUGAUGAUGCUGUGAGUAGGAUUUUGAGGGUUAAGUUCACCAUGGGACUUUUUGAGAACCCACUGGCCGACCUCACCCUGGCUGAUGAACUAGGAAGUCAUGAGCAUAGAGAAUUGGCAAGGGAAGCUGUGAGAAAAUCACUUGUUCUUCUUAAGAAUGGUAAAUCUGCUGAUAAGCCAUUGCUACCUCUCCCUAAGAAGGCACCCAAGAUCCUUGUUGCUGGAAGCCAUGCUGACAACCUGGGGGCCCAAUGUGGUGGUUGGACAAUCACAUGGCAGGGACUUGAAGGGAAUAGCCUUACUAGUGGAACUACAAUACUCGGUGCCAUCAAAAACACAGUCGAUCCAUCCACCCAAGUUGUCUACAGUGAGAACCCUGACACCAACUUCAUCAAGUCCAACAAAUUCUCCUAUGCCAUUGUUGUUGUGGGUGAGCACCCAUAUGUAGAAACAUUUGGUGACAGCAUGGAUCUUAAAAUUCCUGAACCUGGACCAAGCACCAUCACCAAUGUUUGUUCAUCUGUCAAGUGCAUAGUUGUCAUCAUCUCUGGCCGCCCGGUGGUGAUCCAACCAUAUAUUGACUCUAUAGAUGCCCUUGUAGCUGCUUGGCUCCCAGGAACUGAAGGUCAAGGGGUUGCUGAUGUUCUGUUUGGUGACUAUGGGUUUACUGGUAAGCUUGCACGCACUUGGUUCAAGACAGUUGACCAGCUCCCAAUGAAUGUUGGUGACCCACAUUAUGAUCCCCUCUUCCCAUUUGGAUUUGGGCUAACAACAAGGCCUGAGCAUACCGAGCGACUCGAGGAUCUAUCAUCCAAGGGAGAAAGAAUAUCAACCCAAUUUUCCAUUGUUUUAGUAUUCAUCCAUGUUCUGUUUCUUAGUUUUUCUCUCCUUUCCAUGGCUGUUUAACAUUGUUAACAUUUAUAAUUUAUCACUCAUUGAGCUGAGCUUCAUUUC